CAAGGCUUCGUUUAAAAUGAUACAUCAUACUGGCAAAUGAAGCUCGCCAGGCGCCAACGCAACGGCGCAUACAAUGUCCUCUAGAACAACUUGUGGUGACGCUGCCGCACUCUCUUCUGCUUCCGUCGCUUUCUCUACUCCCCGUCUCUCCUGCUGAGCCCAAAAACCAAUUUUCCUUUAGCUACACUGAAAAUCCAGAAAAUAUGUCAUUGAGAACAUUUAUCAAACACCUUCCUUCCUCCCUUUCCUUCUUCAACUCCCUCUCUUGCUUUCGCUCUUUCUCUUCCCUCGCCACUCAGCAAGAUCCAUACUCCCUACUAAAAGAAGACCCAAUUGAAAUAUGCACUUCUCUCUGGGUCAAAUCCUUCUCUUCACCUGUAGACGCCACUUUUCCCAACCUCACCGGCUUCCUCUCAAAACUCGAUCUCUGGGUCCUCGCUUACCAGCGUUCCUGCGCUCACGUGACGGGAACGUUCCCUCCCCGUAGUGCCCUCCACUCCCACACCCUUCAUUCUCUCCUUUCUCUCCAAAACGCUGUUGUUCAUAACCGCUUCAGAUGGAAUGAUAAGGCAAACCAAAUCAUUCGCAGCCCAAACGACAAGCCAUUAACAAAACUCCUCUCCAAAACGAAGCUCAAAGCAAUGCUGGAUUCGGACGAUCCUUGCUUUCAGGAUCGGGUGGUUCAGGAAGUGCUGCUGAUGAUCCUGGAGCCGUUCUUUGAAGCGCGGUUUUCGAGUAAGUCACACGCGUUUAGGCCUGGGAGGAAUGCACACACUGUAAUUAGGACUAUAAGGAGUAAUUUUGCAGGAUAUUUAUGGUUUCUGAGAGGUGAUAUAAGUGAGCUUUUUGUUGCUGCUGAUGCUAAUAUUGUCAUGGGAUGUGUUGAGAAGGUUGUUAAAGACAAGAAAGUGUUAAAUUUGAUAAAAACUGCACUUAAACCCGUAACUAGGAGUCAACAACCACCAAAGAGCGGUGAUACCAAUGAGUUGAGAAGGAAGAAAAAGAAGAAGGCUACAAAGAAGAAGAUUUUGAAUGAGAAUGAACCAAAACCUGACCCAUAUUGGUUGAGAACUUUCUUUGAUUUUGCUCCAGAGGAGGCAAUGAAGGUACCUAGUUAUGGUUAUUGUGGUAUUUUGAGUCCAUUGCUUGCUAAUGUUUGUCUCAAUGAAUUGGACCAAAUGAUGGAAGAGAAGAUAGUUAAGUUCUUUAGGCCAAAUAAGCUUGACUCAAUAUGGAAAGAUUCAAUUGAUGAUGGGUGUCAUAACCCUUCUUGGCCAGAGUUUGUUCCUUCUAGUGGGAAAGAGAAGACCCGGAGAAUGAAUUACAUUCGAUAUGGAGGUCAUUUUCUAAUUGGUAUUCGAGGUCCUAGAGAAGAUGCUGUGCAAACUCGAAAGGAGAUCAUUGAGUUUUGCGAAAGUAAGUUGGGGAUCAGGUUGGAUAAUUCUAAAAUUGAGAUUGAACACAUAACAAGGGGAAUUCAGUUUUUGGAUCAUAUAAUUUGCCGCAGGGUGAUACACCCCACACUUCAUUACACAGCAAGUGGAGGCAAAAUUGUAAGUCAAAAGUGUGCGGGGACUUUGCUUUCAGUUACUGCUAGCUUGCAACAGUGUAUACGUCAAUUUAGGCGCCUUGAGUUUGUUAAGGGCGAUAAGGAUCCAGAGCCAUUGCCUUGUACUCCUAUGCUUUAUUCGAGUCAAGCUCAUACUAAUGCUCAAAUGAACAAGUUUCUUGAGACCAUGGCUGAUUGGUAUAGAUAUGCUGAUAAUAGGAAGAAAGUUGUUGGAUUUUGUGCAUACGUGAUACGUAGCUCAUUGGCAAAGCUUUAUGCUGCCAGGUAUAGACUCAAAUCACGUGCUAAGGUAUACAAGAUUGCUUCACGUGAUCUCAGUCGACCACUGAGGGAGAGUAGUAACAAUUCUGCACCUGAAUAUUCUGAUCUUUUGAGGAUGGGACUUGUGGAUGCUAUUGAAGGAGUUCAGUUCUCCCAUAUGUCUUUGAUUCCAUCUUGUGAUUAUACACCAUUUCCAAGGAAUUGGAUCCCAGAUCAUGAAAGGGUCUUGCAUGAAUACAUUAGACUACAAGACCCAAAAUUCUUUUGUGAGUUACAUAGAUCAAUAAAACGUCAAGGUUUGAUUGUUCCUCAGGAUGAGAUAUCUGAGAUUUUCUGGGAUUGUAAGACUCUUGGAAUUCGAAGAUACCAAUCUAGAGGCAAAAAUGAACCAAAUACUGCUUCUGAAAAGGUGGAUUUGACUUCAUAAAUGCUGUUGUGUACUUAAUAAAUUAAAAGAAUUUACGGAUCAGUCCACAGACGGCUAACAUAAUUCUCGAGCAUUAUCCAUCUUCAUGAAACCACAAUGGAACCAGCAGAAAUUGCUUUGACAGUAGAUGGUUGGCGAUGUGCCUGGAUUAGCUUCAUUGGGUCCUCUUUUUUCUCCAGUGACUACUAUGGAGAAGACCAAAGCAGGAAAUAUGAGCACAGUGAGAAAUAAGAUCUUUAGAUGGGAGAAAGGCAAGACAAGGAAGGAUAAAAUUUGAGAUAAGAUUUACCAUCAGGAAUGACAUAAAUUGGUUCAGAAAUAGUAAGUUGUGGAAAUUGAUUUAAUCUGGCCUUGUAAGAAUGAGUGCAGGUCUCCUACCAGCAGUUCCAAUUUUUGAGCCAGUUCUCAGGAGCUGGGGAAGGCCAAGAGAGAAAAUAAAGAGCAACAUACUAGGGGCAUUAAAACGGGAAAUUGAAUAAAGCGGAGUGGCUAGUCAUUACAAGGUUGCAGUCCUUCAAAUAUAUAGCCAAGAUUUUGAUGAUCGAGUGAUCUUAGUAAUCGUGGAACCUGUCCCGCCAGAAUUAAGAGAUCUUUCCAUCAGAAGUUCCACAAUUUCACAUAAUCUAUCAUCCAUGGUGAGUCCAAUUUAUAAUGGAGCAUCUCAAGCAAGUUUUAGGUGGCUGCUAGUAAAUUGAUUAAGCUUUCAUUUUUCCAUAAGAUUCUCCAAAUUGAUUUUUAAUCGUAUAGGUUGUUCAACACUUAAACAUUAUUGACUAUAUCUUCUCAUUUAAUUAUCUAUGACUGUACAUUCUUAACAUAUUAAAGCUUGGUAAUGAAGUGACCUGACCUUAUGGAUGCA